AUGUCAAAACUACACCUCCUCCUCAGUCUACUCAGCCUCCUCUCCCUCACCACCGCUGAGAUCAAGACCGUUAAUAUCAUUUCCGAUACCCGUCCAAUGAUCAUCUUCCAUAAAUUUGGCUUCACCCACGCCGGCGCCUCUCUAUUUCCCUCUCCACCGUCUUCGCCUACGUCUCUGUCAGCCCCUCUUUCUCCUCCCCCGACCCAUCUUGCCUCGCCUUCUUUCUCCUUUUCCAAACAUUCCUACAACCAAUUCCUACUCGAACUCAUGCACAAACCCAGCUUCUGCAUCAUUGACUCCAAAUUCAUCCACUUCCCUUUCACUUUCCGCGAACUCUCAUCCCCUUCUCACUCUUCCUUCAAUCGAUCCUACCUCGUCACCAUCCCCAAUGAAUACUCCUCCUUUGCCAAUUACGUCCUUGAAUUACAAGUCACCAUGGACGUCCGUACAGAGCUCUACAAUCCCGAUUCCAGCGCCUCCAAGGAAUAUCUCUCCGCCAGGGUUCCACUUUUGUCUCCGCUGAUUGUGUUGAUUGGUACCGAGUGGUCGUUUUUGGAACCCUCUUUGCAAGGACAAGGAGGGAAGAGGGUGUUGAUCACAGUAGUGAUUCCACUACAGGUUUUGGGCAGUAUGGGUUCUAAGAAAUUUUAA